AUGCAACAGGAUCCCGGAUUAGACGAGGUGGAUGAGUUCCACGCAGGCAGGGAAAAGAUCCUGCUUGACCAGGCAAAUUUUGAAGAGCCAGAGAGUGAAGAGAGCGAACAAGAAGUCUUGGGUUUUGAUGAGGACGAAGAUAGUGAAGAAGAAAUCGAACGUUACAAGAAAAAGCUUACGGGCCAUGUGGAUGAAGACGAGGAGGAUUAUUUUGGUUCCGAACAAGAACAAGAACAAGAGGAUGAGGAAGAAGGCUGGGGUGGGCGAAAUGAUUAUUAUGGAGGAGACGAACUAGAGGAAGAAGAGGAUGCAAAGCUCCUCGAAGAGGAAGCACUGAGGAUCCAAAAGAAACAUUUACAAGAAUUAAAUAUGGAGGACUACAUGAUGGACGAUGCUGUUGGAGACUGGGUCAAAGGGGAAGAAGAGACAGAAGAAUCUAAAGAUCAGAAACUGGACUUGAAUAAACUCGAUGAAGCUGGCUUCUCUGAAGUGAUGGAAAGCCAAUAUCCUGAGUUCAUUCCGCUUACAAAGGAAGUGAAGGAUCUCAAACCGGUCCUGGAUGAGCUCUCGAAAGAAAAGGACACUGACCCGGUUGCAGAACUUCGUUUUAAUGCCCUCAGUGCGUACCUGGGCACGAUCGCAACAUAUUUCGCUCUAUUCGGAUCGUACCUGAAAAGUGGCGAGCCGUUCAGCAUGCGUGAUGAACCUAUUAUGACGGGUAUAUUGAGCGCUAGAGAGGUUUGGCGACAGGCACAGAAAAAGAGGGCAAAGACGGUUUCAGAAGCUGAAAAUCAAGAGUCUAGCGAUCCGGAGGAAGAAUUAAUAGACCAAUACGAUGACCGCCUGUCGGACGAAGAGGAUGAAAGCGAAGUUUCGGAGUCUGGGGACGAAGAGCCGGAUGUUCUCGCGGAACGUAAAGUGCGUAAGCUCCGCGCAGUGGGACCUGAAGAUAUCGACGAAGUGGACCUCGAGGAAAAGAAGGGCCGCAGACGCACGUUGCGGUUCUAUACUUCCAAGAUCGACCAGCAGGAAAAGAAGAAAGAUGCCAAGUACCAGGGUGACCAAGAUGUUCCAUAUAAAGAGCGACUAUUCGAGAGAAGACAGCGUCUUCUGGAGGAGGCACGGAAACGUGGUGAUCGAGCUAACAUCUCGGCUCCUGGUCUCGCUCUUGGAGAAGAAGAUUUGGAGGACCAAUCAUCAGAAAAGCCUGAUACGGAUUAUUAUGAUAAGGUGAAGUACAAAAAGGAACAGUCUAAACAGGAAAGAAAAGAAGCACAUGAACUGGCCAAGAAAGCUGCAAGGGAUGGAAAACUGGCAGAGAUACAGGAGAGCAUUGGAGAAAGCGGGAAGCGCGCGCUCAACUAUCAAAUCCUCAAAAAUCGUGGCCUCACUCCCCAUAGGAACAAGGACAACCGUAAUGCUCGUGUCAAGAAGAGGAAGAAGUAUGCCAAGGCACAGAAGAAACUUAAGUCUGUGCGUGCAGUGUACAAUAAAGACCAUGGUCCAUACGUUGGUGAGACUACUGGUAUCAAGAAGAACCUUUCGAAGAGUGUCAAACUCCAAUGA